AUGAAUUCCGAUGAUGCCCCUGGACUAGGCCGACGAUUGCUUGGUGGUGGGAAACACAGUGGGCAGAGGCCACUUACUAUACGCAGGCUGUGGGCGCUUAAAGACCUUGUCAACAAAGGAGAGCCUACCGAAGACUUGGACAUUCCACUGGCACCUUGGAGAAAGGGCACAAUCACCUUCGCUCUUGCUCUUGCGGGGUUCAUGGUCGGCAUAGAUCAAUCCAUCAUUGAGCCAGCAUUACCCACAAUCAUUGCUCAAUUCUCCUCUCUGCACGAUAUCGGUGCCUACACUUCCGCAUACCUUAUUCCGCAGUGUGUUCUGCAACCGGUUUGCAAUAGGCUGUAUUCAAUAUGUUCAUUCAGCUCGGUGUACCUUAGCUCGGUACUACUCUUUAUCCUUGGCUCUAUCGUUUGUGCUGUAUCUGAGAGUUCGCCAUCUUUCAUCUGCGGUCGAGCUCUCUCGGGGCUGGGGGCUGUAGGGUUGAGCGUAGGGGGGUUUCGUAUGCUGGCUUUGAUGCCAGCAGAAAAAGAGCAAAACGUAUCAAUGGGCGCCUUCUCUCUCAUCCUAGGAUCAAGCGUUGUGAUAGGGCCUAUUAUCGGUGGCGCUAUCACACAAUCUCAUCUUGGAUGGCACUGGCUAUUCUGGAUCAACCUCCCCAUAAUAGGUCUCGUCCUACUACUGGUUAUCGGAGUAACUUACACGGGCGGCCCCGACCUCAGAGGAGAAAAGUAUGGCUUGAAGUUUUGGGAGAAACUGAAGCUGCUUGACUGGCUUGGCACAAGUUUACUUGCUUUGGCCCUUGUACCUCUGAUCUUGGCCCUCGACUUUGGGCAGACAUACGGGUGGAAAAAUCCUCGAAGUGUAGUCAUGUUUGCUGUGUUCGGCGUGUCACUUGUAUUGCUGUUGCUACACCAAAGGAUAGCAAAGGAGGCAAUAUUCGAACGCGCCAUUCUUUUCAACAGAAGCGUGUGGACUACUACAGGCAUCUUUUUCUGCGCCUUGUCAUCGGUAUCCGUGAUUAUACUAUUCCUUCCAUUCCUUUUCCAGGUUAUCAAAGAUCUUGAUCCACGUACCAGUGGAUUUCUCUCGUUCCCUCUCGCAGGCACGCUCGCCAUCAGCACUUUCGCCUUCUCCAUUAUAUCUACCAAAAUUCCCUAUUUCAAUCCUCUAGCAAUUUGUGGAACCGUCAUCUUCUUGGUCUCGAAUGUCCUAUUUAUUGCUAUGAAGUCCAACUUUUCAGUUGCAGAGGUGGUUGGCUAUGAAAUAGUGGCCGGCUUUGGAAUGGGAAUGGCCUGGCUGGCAGAAAUUAUUUAUCCAAGAGCAGUUCUUGAUAAACACCAGCUGGCAACCGCGCUAGGAUAUUCUCGCAUGCUACAGCAGAUUGGGGCGGCCGUGGCUGUUCAAAUAUCUGCGGUUGCUUUCACCACUACCUUGACCCAUAACCUCGUCGGCCUCUCGCUUACACCUGAUGAGGUUUCAUCCCUCAAGGAAGGCAGUGGAAUAAAUAGCCAUUUAUCCCCUGGAGCAAAAGUUGCAGUCGCUAAGGCCUACAGCAAGGCUAUCAGAAUAGGUCUGGCGCCUUCGUUAGCAUGGGCAGGGUUGGCGCUGUUGUUUGCAUUGGCUCUGCCCUGGCCAAGACUGAACAACAGUACGAACAACAGCGAACAUAAAAAUGGUCGUGGUAGUGAUAAUGAUAAUGGUAGUGGUGUUGGAGAUGUUGCACUGUCAGUCAUAGUGCCCUCUACCGAAACCAGCUCCGUGAAAAACGACUACUCAGCGGUCAGUGGACCUGAGAGAAAUUUACUCGUCAGCCGCCUCAGUUUCGACUCUUUGCACAUGGUGGACCUGUAUGAUGAGAACGGCCGUUGGACGGGUGUUGUUUGA